AUGUGUCACGUAGCCAACCGUGCCCUAACUGACGUUGAGACAAGAUACGGACAGACUGAGUUAGAAGCAGCUGCGAUCAAGUUUGCUUGUGCUGACGCCCUUUAUAAGUACUUGGUUGGACCGCCAAAGUUUGAAAUCUUUACGGAUUGCAAACCGCUUGUACAUCUCUUCAACAAUCCAACCUCAAGAGCACCACUGCGUAUCGAGCGACAAAUUCUCGCCAUUCAAGGUUUAGAUUAUGUGGUCAAAUAUCAGAAAGGAGUUGAGAACAUCGCGGAUUAUGGAUCAAGACACCUGACGAGGAGACAUGAUGACAUUCCCAUGGUGAAGUCCGUGAACGAGUUAGAAGAAGGAUUACGAACUUUUGUUUCUGAAGACAACGAGUACCUUUCCAGAAUGGCAAAAGACGACAAUGAUUACCAAUUCCUAAAAGAAGUAAUUCAACGAAACCUCUGGAAGAAACACGGAAAAGAUCCAAGAGUUUCAAGAUUCCUCGGAGUAGCGUCCGACUUAUCUGUUGUUGGAGAAAUCAUCCUGUGUAAGGACAAAGUAAUUCCGCCUUUGAGCAGUCGAAGAAGAUUUGUCGAGAAAGCACACAAGAUUGGGCACUCGGGAGAGACCCGCACGCUGAAACUUCUUCAAGAAAAGAUUUGGUUUCCUGGAAUUGCUAAACUCUGUAAAGAAGCUGUACAGAAUUGCCAAAGCUGUCAAGUCACUCAUGAUCGCACCUAUGAUGAGCCUCUUCAAUCAACAUCAUUGCCACCAGGCCCUUGGCAUACAAUCUCUGUGGAUUUCAAGGGACCGUUCAAAGAUGGAACUUACGCCCUGGUCGGCUAUGAUCUUUACAGCCGUUAUCCUGUUGUAAGCUACUGCAGAUUUACAGCGUUUUCGUGUGUAAAACCGAUUCUUGAUUCGUGGUUUUCAACAUUUGGUACAGUGAAGGAGCUGAAGUCAGAUCGAGGACCUCCAUUUAACGGACAUGAAUUCAGUGCAUAUGCUCGCGAGAGAAGAUUCGUUCACAAACCGGUAAAACCCAGACAUCCGAGAGGAAACGGUGAAGCUGAGAAAUUAAUGCAAAACGUGAAGAAGAUGGAGAGAAUUGGGAAGCAAGAAAGGAAGAAAUAUCGCUGUCUCAUUGAAGGAAUGUUAAAUGCUUACCGUGCCACACCGCAUCCUGGUACAGGGAAAAGUCCAUUCAAGCUCAUGUUUGGGAGAAAAAUGCGACUUGGAGUAUUGCCAGAGAUCUCAGAAACACCCGAACGUGAUAACCACCCUGAAGUCAGACAAAAUGAUGCCUUGUAUAAGUUGAAGUCGAAAAGAUACCACGACAAGCGCAGAAAUGUGAGAAAGUCCAGAAUUGCUGUUGGAGACAAGAUUCUCAUGAAAAACAAACGGACAGAUCCACUUAGCCGGAUUCCUGGUAAAGUGAUCAAUAUACGUGGAAACGACGUGACAGCCCGAUUUGAUGACGGGAAAGUUUUUAUGCGAGACAAGUCACAUUUCAAGAUUGUACGAGAGAGAUCUUACGUCGAAGAGCGAGAAAGAGUACGAGGAGAACAAACGUUUCAAGACAACAUACUCAACCUGAGCAGAAUCGAUCAGAGUACGCGAGACGUCCUGCCAGACCAGAUUAAUCGUGACGAAGCAGAUCAAUUGAUGAAUUCACACAAGAGCAGCACUAACAAUCGGAAACAGCCGAUUUACGUGACGCGCCGAGGUCGCGAGGUUUAUCCGCCGGAUCGAUUCCAAAGUUGAGGAAAAAUGGAAUGUUGUGAGAAUAUUAUGAACGUUUUAUAAUAUUAAGAACUCAUUAAGAACUCUUUAAGAACUCAUUCAGUUGGAACUUACUAAGUUAUGUAGCUGAUUAUGCAGCGUAUUAUUAGUUAGAUUAUCUGGUAUAUUGUUUUGUUAAUAAAGUAAAAAACCUAUAAAAAUAGAACGCUAUUUUAGACUUAGAUUUAUUUAAUAAUACUGUGUAUGUAGUCGGUAAAGUACGUGUCAAAAAUACAAUUUAGUGAAACCGAUAUUUGAGUUUAUAACAGUUUAUAUCAAAAUAAAGGUAAUCGAACUUCAGCGCGCUAUUGUGUCUGAAUUACUGCGUAUGAACGAGAUUUUUCCAUCUUUGGAAAGAUCAGGCUUUUAGCUGUUGAACAAUAUGUUGUUCAUGCCAAAUGGAUAAAAAAUAAACAAGUACGAGUCCGAUAAAAAAUACUAGUCAGAAUCGCAUAUUUUCACUGUUGAGAGUUGGGCUUAAACCAUUGAAAGUUGAUGAAUUUCACUUCAAUACACUACAGUGUGUAUAAAAAAAACUGAACCCUUUCAAAUUCAAAUUAGCUAUAACGUAUUGUAGUAAUUUGACAGCUCUAAUUGCUUUAAAUUAAUGGUUGGAUAAGAACACUAGGUCUUGUACUUAUGGGACAAAACUCAAAGAAAUAAAAAUUAGAAAAUUUAAAAGAAAUACAGUAUUCCUUGUGUUCUUACCCAACCAUUAAUUUAAGGCAAUUAGAGCUGUCAAAUUACUACAAUACGUUAUAGCUAAUUUGAAUUUGAAAGAAUUCAGUUUUUUAUACACCCUGUAUACGCACAUGAUUCAUAAUUAUCAGCCUAGUCCCAGUCAUUCUGAAGCAAGCGCGAGAAAAAAGUGGAUGUGGUACGAGACUGGGACCUAGGUGUGACGUCACCGCUAAAGGUGCUUCAGAACGCAUAGCAGAUUUCAGUAUUUUUAAUAUGGCGGAAAAGUUAUAUAUACAAAUAACCUUGUAAAUACGACAAAUGUCGACAAUGUUCGUUGAUCAUGUUCGAUGUCUACAUAACCAAAUUCAAACUGUAUUAAAAAUGUGCUAAAUUAAAAAAAAUAUAUACAAAUUUACGAUACUGAGUGUGUGCAAUGGUCGUAUAAUCGUUGAUGUUAUUUAUAUACUCGCAAGUUGUGAUCAACACUAGAUUGACCAUACUGGUAUACACCCUUUUCAUAAAUGGCUGCCGAUUAAAAAUUCUUUACGUUCAUAUAAAUUGGCCCAACUAGCCUCGUUUCUGUGUAAAAAUUCCUUUGAAAUCUUAACAUGAGUACGAGGCUAGUUGGGCUAAUUUAUAUGCACAUAAAAGAAUUUUUAAUCGGCAGCCAUUUAUGAAAAGCGUGUAUACACAACUACGCUUUCUACUUGACAGGUUUAAAUUGCUGAGGAGAUUGGAAAUAUUUGCCUGACAUGAUUGUGUUGUCAAAACAUUUUUAGUCGAAGACUCGGCAUAAUUUUCAAGCUUCUAGAUAGCAGUUAAUAUGGCUUUAUAUUUUAGUAAACACGAGUCAUAUUUAGCCCGUUAUUCCAUUCUGACUGUAUGGUAGCGAAACGUAGCCUAUAAACACUUCCCGAAUUUGCUUGAGUGCACACGAAACAAUAGCUUGGAAUCGAGGCGGACAAUGUAAUCAUUGUAAAUAAGUAGUUAUUUACAAUGAUUACAUUGUCCGCCUCGAUUCCAAGCUAUUGUUUCGUGUGCACUCAAGCAAAUUCGGGAAGUGUCUAUUUCAUUGUUCCGACAGCAUUAGAGCGAAACUAAUGACUUGAUUAUAAACGAAGGAAAUUUCCAUAAAUUUUCUAUUUACAAAUGCGGUAUGCUUGGUAACCAGGUCAGGGACCACUUUUUUGUUUUGAAAUCAGGCUCUCUCGCUGAAGCGUUCCGCACAGCAACCCAGGCAUAAAACGUUUAAGACUUAUUUAAAUAUAUCAAAGCAACGAAUAGAGAGAGCCUGGCACUAGGCUGCAUAAUUAUUAUUAAGUAGGAAUAAAUCUUAGCUAAGCUACGACAAGUUCGUGAUUAAUUGGGUUUUUUUUUGUUAUGCUCUGCUUUAAUUAGGCACAGAGGUGAAACUAUACUAUUCUGACUAACAUUUUUUAUCGGACUCGUACAUGCUUAUUUUUUCUCCACUUGGCAUGAAAAACAUGUCAUUCAAUAGAUAAAAGCUUGAUCUUUCCGAAUAUGAAAAAUUUUUGUUUAUGAAGUUCGAUUACUUUUUUUAUACACCCUGUAAAUAAACAUGACAUUAACGGUUCCUAUUGGAUAAAUUUAAUUGAAUAUAAGUAAUUAACAAUUAGACAACGAGGCCGAGUUGUCUAAUUGUUUUAGUAUAAACUUUAUCAUUAAUUUAUAACUAGGCUACAAACACAAUACAAAAAUACACAAAAACAUUAUAAAACCAUUAAAGGUAAACAAACAUUUUAGUUUUUGUUCGCGUAAAAUGUUUUACACAAUUCAGUUUUAAUUUUAAAAUUUCAUCGAGUGUAUGUUAUUUUGUCUAUUUUCUUACCCUUAAAAAUUGCCAUUCCAUAUUUUUGUUGUUUUUUCGGGGUUUUUUAGUACCGAAUUGUUCAACAAAUCGUCCAAAAAAUCAUCAGACACUUCGGCAAAAGUGCAAAACGCGAAUUUUCCGCCAUUUUGAAUUUUCUAUUAUAGGCUAUCACUAAUAGCCUACUAGUAGCGUAGCCAAUCAGAAGCCACGAUAUGUGAUAGCCUACUAGUAGGUUUAUACUAAUGUUUAUUAUGCAAAGGCGGAGCCAACUUGACAAGAGGGAAAAGUGGGCGUAUUUCGUUUCUUGAUGUGUUGUAGCCGCUCCCUCCUUUCUCCGAGGGACUGCUUGGUCUACUGUGAAAUUCAUUUAUUAUUUAUAUAUAGUGCAUAAAUUGACUCGAAUAAAUUCGUAAAGGUCGUUUAAUUUCAAAAGUUACUAUCUGAGUUAAGAUUCCAAGAAACUUCAGCAGCACAAAUGUAUUGAAUAAUAAGUUAUUUAUAAUAUCAUAUUACAUAUAUGACAAAAAACAAGGGCAUUCUUCGAAAAACAAUUUAUAAAUAUAAUUAUAAAGUAAUAAUGAGUGUCACUCUGUCCCCAUUUUGUUAUAAUCAGCGUUUUUGUAUGUGGAAACAACGUUUUAACACAAACUAGAGUAGAAUAGUAAGUUAUUACUAUUAAAACUUACCAAGGUCACACAUUUCUAGCCUUUUUUUACUGGGAAAAAGUUAUUUUAUCGGUGAGCGGUCCAUACUGCACGUUACUACUUACCGACUGCUCAGGAAACAAUCAAAAUGCUGCAUUUUGCAAAUGAACCGCUUUGCCAUAAUCGUAAUACUAUUAGAUAUUUAAAACGAUCUUUUACUUUACAGCCAUUCUUGGAUGAAAAACUUCGUAUUCAUGACACAUGCGGAGUGAACAACCUUCAUGGGAUGCCCGCCAUAUUGGCUGGAAUUGCUGGAGCCGUGGCCGCUAAGCUCGCUGAUGAGGAUGACUAUAAGAAAAGGUUUGUAAUAAAUAAUAUUAUGUAGAGCUAGUAAAAUUGAUACACAUGUUGAUAUCAUGUUGGUACAGUAUGUACAUCAACUUGCGGUUGGGGCGCGACGGUUGUGGCUUGGUUAAUGGGGGCGCUGCACCAGAAUCGCAGGGCCGCUGGUUCGAUCCCUGUUCCUAUGGUUGCAUUUUUCGCAACUGCUCGUGGUUGUCCAAUAGGUGUAUAAAAUUUACACUCGAAAUUUCCAUCUGCGAAACCAUUCCAUGACCAGAAAUAACACCAUUAUUUCUUCGACAACAAAACUUAAUUGCAUACUGUAGCGGGAUGAGCUUAGUUAGAGAUCAUGUAAACUGUAAGUUGAACACUUGAACAGCUUGCAACUAGCACAUCAGUAGUGUGCCCAUCACAUCACCCAGUGAAAUGCAUGAUCCCAGUUAGAGACUAAAUUUUGAUCUCGGCAAGAAGAACAAAAUCCGUCAGCACAGCUAGAAAGAGCAUGUUAAAAUUAGUAAAAUUGCAAACUGUUUGGUUGCGAAAUGUUGUAAAAUGAGAAAAAUAUAGCCCUACGAAAUUUGCAAAUUUUCUAUUAAUUUGUAUUACGCAAGGGAAUUUACACCACUUUCGGCCCAAAUUGCAUUUUCCAAACAUAAAACAAAAUUUGCAAAUUUCACAGAGCUAUAUUUUCCGAAUUUUACAAUAUUUUGCGGCCAAACUUUACAAUUUUACUAAUAUUAACAUGCUCUUUCUAGCUGUGGUGAUGUAUUUUAUUUUGUUUGUCUGGAUCAAAAUUUAGUCUAUAGCUGAAAUUGCCCAUUGAUAGUAACAAUAUCUACCAACGUUUUGAUCGAGCGUUUGGGUUGAUAAGUAAACGAGGAUCAUAUGUUACGCAAGCAGCCCAUUAACACUCACAACGACGGUAGACAACGUAAUGUUAUUUAGUGUAAACCCAAUGCUACCUCAAAGUGGAAAUCUAGUCCCAGUCUUCUCACGAAUGCGAUGAGCACAGUCAAUCCGAAAAGAAUAUUUUUAGGGACGGACCAUUUGAUUUUUGAUGACUAUUUUAAGACUAUUUUAAGAGAAUCGCGAGACAUGAACACGCGUGUUUUAACCCCAGACACGUGAUUUGCCUUCAGGCAAGAAUGGGGACUCUGUCUGAAGGUAGUUAUAUUCAUUUCACUGUGUAAACCUCAUUCAAAAUUAAAUAAUAUUUCAAAAUCUUGUCAAAUUAAUUUUAUUGUGUCAAAAUAUACAAAUCGAGUAAUUCUGCAUCAGUUAUUUACACAUAUGUAUAUUAUAUCAAUAUUUUAGUUUGAGCUCGGUAUUCCCUGGCAAUCAUUCGUCAUCAAAACGAGCUGGAUAUCAAGUGCUUGCUUUGUUGAUCACUCUUGGCAUUUCCAUUGUCUCUGGGGCAAUAACUGGUUAGUGUUUUACCACUGCUUUACCACAUUUAGUUUUUCAAUGUUUAAACUAUUCCCUUAUGUUUUUAUCACGGCCAAUUUACAAUAUACCAAAUUAAAUACCAUUGCAAACAAGUUACCCUAUUAAUAAAAAAUCAUCGAUCAUGAUUUGAGUGUUACCUACUAUAUAGAGAGGUUGCUUCACUUGACCUGACUUGAUUGCGCGAUUUUAGAUCACACAUGAGAAAAACAUGAAAAGAGUCUGCGCGGUUUGCAGGUGAAACCUAGAUUCUUUCUAAAUCAGACAGCCGAUCACACAAUUUCUAUAGUGCCAAUCUGAGAGUAACUGGUAUUCACAUUGAUUACGGCAACUGGAAGAGAACGUACACUCUUCUUCCUCUUUCCACUUUAUUUAUGAGUCGGACUAUGCAACUCGAUCUCUUGCAUCGUCCUCCGAAGAUGCGAUCGACGCUUUUUUUACAUUAUUAUAUUAUUUAGUCAUCACGAAGCCAACAUAUAAUGUGAUUGGUUGAUUUUAACAUUGCAAAUUAAGUCUCUUACUGUGAACACCUGCUUCGUAAUACGUUUUCCAUUCGUUUGUCAAAUAUUAACCCAUUAAUUUCAAUUAUUACUUUUCUAGGCGUGUUCUCCGCAAAACUAAGCUUCUUAAUUCUUCCACUCUUUCAAAUGCUGUGUUUUCCUCUGGAAUAUUUUCUCUUACUGGUUUCUCUUUUCGCUAAUUUUCCAUUCCAAUCAAAUGUGCAACUAUUAUUCCUUAAAUUCAGAAUGAUAUUCUGACUAAUGAGCCCGGUAGUGGUUGCAUUUUCUUGUUUUAGUUUUAAUAUGAUAAAACUAUAAACUUUACAACAUCACUUACUGUAACUUAAAAUGCAGGAAAUCGUGUUUCAUGGACCAAGAAUAAAAAACUUUCUGGUGUUUUAGGACUACACCACUGAAUGUAAAAUAUGCUCAUCCAUAAUGAUACCAUACCUUGCUGCUUUCUUGCCUUUUCAUUUUAGAUUCAUUUGGGCAGUUACAGUAGAACACCGUUAAAAACCCUGAAUUAUUUCAUAAUUUAUAUUGUCUUGCAGGCUUUAUUGUGAAGCAAAGUGUGUUUGAUCCUCCAACACGUGAACAGUUGUAUGAUGACGAAGAUUUCUGGGAGGUGAGUGUUGUAUUUAUUUUUACAAAUUACUGAUCAUAGAAGAAGAUAAAUGUAAUUGAUGUACGUUUCCCGGCUGGAUUGAAGGUCAACACUGUUGGUUUAUUGACUUGACUUGGCGGUUAUUAGCCAUUUCAUAAAUUUGCUGCAACAUUUAUGCAAGUAGAAAUGCAUGCGCACGUCAUUUUUCACAAUAGAUGACAAUUACUACAUAUUAUAUUUUUUUAUUUUUCCAUCAUAUCAUUUUAUAAGGUCACUAUAACACCUUUUAAUUUUUUUGUUUCUUUCUGCACAGCUUCCAGAAAUCUAUGUUAACCACAACGAGCCGAAUGACAUUCCUCUUCAACCAACUACAACCAAAACUGAGGCACCAUCUUCCUAAAGUUGACCUACACAGACAUUCGUCAGUUGCAUAUAUCUUCUUCUUUUAAACAUUAUAUAUCUUGUGUUUGAAAUUAUAUACGGUAGCAGUAGCUAAGUUUUGUUAUUUACUUUUAUUGCACGUAAUAGUUUUGGUGACAUUUAUUAAGCAUCGAUCUAUCUAACCUGGUUUAUUUAAGAUGUGGAUUGACGCAUCAUGUGGAUAUGUUUCUCGUUAAGCUGUAUAAGGAAGCUGACAUAAAUAUUGUUAUGAAAGUUUUAUAUCGAUGUAAUCGCUGAAAUAAAUUAGUUUUUGUUAUGUGUUGGGUGUAAUUACUCAUACGCCAUUGCCUGUGCUUCUUUAUAUCACAUAAAAAUGCUUUGAUAAUAGACCCUUUCCAUAAUUACGUCACGUAUCUCAUCUUGGCCUGGGAGCCUCAUUCUCAUGUUUCAAGAUGAACGAUGAUUCAAAACAAGAUAUGUGACGUAAUUAUCGAGAGGGUCUAUUACUGAUUGACCAAUCACGAAUCUUCCCAACUUUUUAUUCAGUCUGCAGCGCAGUGUGUAAUGGAUGAGCUGCCGGUUCGCAGGCCCCCCCCCCCUUUGUUUUGCGCGGCUAAUUGCCCCCUGGUGAUCUCAUAAUAUAUUGUAUUAUUUGCAAAUGCGAAAAACAAAGGGGGCCUGUGAACCGGCAACUCAUCAAUUGAGACAGUCUUGCGUUGGAAAGGGGCGCGCGACAAUUCUUUAAAAUUAAUAGUAUAGUUAUAUAGUAAAGUCUCACAUAGUUUUAUGUAAAAGUUGGUUGUCCCUGGCAGAAAAAGAUGCAGUGUCAUCUGCUACCGUGCUGCAUGAGCGAUGUGAUUUAAUCGGGGUUGAACGAACUUUUCUUUUUUUUGUGCGAAAGAAGUGGCGAAAUUAUAUAGCUCAAUAUAUGACUCAUAAUGCCAUUAUAUCUAAUUCACAAUGAAUCUUCAAUAUAGAUAUAAUAUAAAAUUACAUUAUUGUUAUUUUGUCGCGAUGGCAUAAAAUCACAUCGCUCAGGAAGUGACACCAAGCCUUUAGGCAAAGUUAUUGUAUAAAGUUAUUGUAUAAAGUGCUGAACUGACUUCUAAUCUACUGUACUACUCGCAAGUCCCGGUUCAUUGAUACUUGCGUGUCUAAUAUAUUGGGUUUACCGCAAUAAGUAAGAUUCGUCCCUCUGAAGCUUGAUUGGAGAAUAAAAACACCCUUAUGUUCAUCGCCAUAAGCCGAUGGAGGCAAAGGACGUGUCUAAAGAUGGCUUAAAUAAUUGAAACAAAUAUUCUCUUCCGCUUCCUCCAUUUAGGUUCCUGAUAAAGUUGUUUCAGUUGAUUACGAACUGGUGAAGAAAAGAGAGCCUGGUGGUGAAGUCGAGAAGACAUCUGCUGCAGACGAUUCUUGA